CGGCUACGAUAAACACAACAGAAUUGUUUCAUUUACUAGAUUCCAAAUACAUCUUAAUAAUGGCAGCAGCAACAGUACCUGGACGUGCCCUUCACUAUGUAUUCAAGAUCGGAGACCGAGCCAAGAACGCCCACUUCUUCCGCCAGGUCCUGGGAAUGAAGGUUUUGCGUCAUGAGGAGUUCAAAGAAGGUUGCGAUGCCGAGUGCAAUGGACCCUAUGAAAAUCGCUGGAGCAAGACCAUGGUCGGCUACGGCCCGGAGAGUACACAUUUUGUCAUCGAGCUGACAUACAACUACGGCGUGACCAGCUACGAGAUGGGCAACGAUUUCGGCGGCGUCACCAUCCACUCCACCGAGAUAUUGUCGCGCGCCGCUCAGCACUCGUAUCCGAUUGAGAAGGCGGAUGGGAAUGGCAGUGUGCUCACCUCGCCCGACGGCUACAAGUUCUAUGUGAUCGACCAGGCCCCGUCGUCGGCCAACGCCGAUCCUUUGAAGUCGGUGGAACUGCAUGUGAGCAAUCUGGCGGCCUCGCGCAAGUACUGGCAGCAGCUGCUCCAGAUGAAAAUUCUGGCAGAGACCAAGCAGACCCUGUUGCUGACCUAUGGCGGCAAUCAGGCUUCGCUUCAGCUCACCCAGAUCACGGAUGCCCUCAAUCGGGCCAAGGCCUAUGGACGGAUUGCCUUCGCAGUGCCCUCGGCCAACCAACCGUCGCUGCACGAAGCAGUGAAGGCAGCCGGCGGCACUAUUCUGAAGCCGCUUAUCGCACUGGAUACGCCCGGCAAGGCCACCGUCUCAGUGCUAAUUCUGGCCGAUCCCGAUGGUCAUGAGAUCUGCUUUGUGGAUGAGGAAGGUUUCAGCCAGCUCUCCCAGGUGGAGCCCGAUGGCGAGCAGCGGCUGGACAAGUACAUUGCCAAGGAUCCCUUCCAGCUAAAGUGAUGCCUGCUGCUCUCUGACAUUUGCAGCAUCUGUACAUAAGAUACGAUUUUUUUUUCGGACCUAAUUGCGGAUAAAAAAGUUAAUA